GGCUCCCCUCGUUCCCCCUCGAUCCUUUCCUUUAAAUAUGUGACUUCGAAGCUUCAUCUUCUCAAUGCAAUUCAUUCCUUGAAAACAAGUUGCAGAGCAUCACAAAAACAGAGAGAAAUAUGAGCAGCGGAAUGGUUUCCACUGGAAGCCAAGCGAGCUUCCACACAAUCUCAAAACCCAAACUCUCAACCCAAAUACCCUUUCUUAAGCCAUCUUCUCAUCUUGGAUUCAAUACCCAUUUCCAAAAAUCGAGCUUUUCCCUCAGAACUCAUUCCAAAUCCAACAGAACCAGCCCAAUUAGGGCCUCGUCCGCCACCGCUGUUGAUAACGUUUAUGUCAACACCCAGAGUUUCUACGAUUUGUUGGGCACCUCAGAAAGUGGAACGCUCUCAGAGAUCAAGAAAGCUUACAAGCAACUAGCCAGGAAAUACCAUCCUGAUGUGUCACCGCCGGGGUGUACAGAGGAGCACACAAAGAUGUUUAUACAAGUUCAGCAGGCUUAUGAGACCUUAUCUGAUCCCAAAAGCAGAGCUUUGUAUGACAGGAAUAUGGCUGGAGGCCUAGACUUGCACAUGAUUUUCUCCAAUACAAAGCGAUCCCGCUCCAACGAGGGAUUGGAUGAUGAUAGAACUGAGUGGGAACAGAGAUGGCAGUCUCAGCUUGCAGAGCUAACAAGGAUGAGUAAACAUAAAGAUAUGGAGAGCAUGAGUUGGGGAGCUAAAAUGCGCAGCCAAAGAAGUUGCAGAAAGUAGAGAGGAAUUAAUCCCUUCCCUAGACCAUGCAAGCUAUGGAUGAAUGCUGUUACCACAGCAAUUUCAUGUUAAUAUUUUCCUUCCUUUGUUUGCAACUCUAGGGAAUCUUUGCAGUCUUAAUUUCCAGCAAACGUAUGUGUAACAAGAGUUUUUCGAACGCCGUUUAGGUUGUUCUUGUUGGUACAAUUCGAAGCGUACUUCUCCAGUUAA